AUGGGAAACACCCAAGGGAAACCGGUGUCUUGCAACGAUGCAGUCAACCUCAAUCAUUUCCGGCUCCUGCGUGUCGUUGGAAAGGGCGCAUUUGGAAAAGUACGGAUCGUCGAAAGGAAGGACACAGGCCUCACAUUCGCCCUAAAAUAUAUCCGCAAAGAGGAAGUGGUCCGUUCGGAAAGCGUACGGAAUAUAAUUCGCGAACGGAGAAUGCUCGAGCACUUGAACCAUCCGUUCCUUUGCAAUUUGCGAUACAGUUUCCAGGACAUGGAGUACAUCUAUAUUGUGGUUGAUUUAAUGAACGGCGGCGAUCUUCGGUUCCAUAUCUCCCGAAAAUGCUUCACAGAGGAUGCGGUGCGCUUUUGGAUGGCGGAACUGGGGUGUGCUCUGAAGUAUAUCCAUUCGCAGGGUAUCAUUCAUCGCGAUUUGAAACCAGACAAUGUCCUGUUGGAUUCCGAUGGACAUGUUCACUUGGCUGAUUUUAACGUGGCAUCCGAUUACCGACCGGGGAAGCCUCUUACAAGCAAGUCAGGAACACUAGCCUACCUAGCCCCGGAAGUCUACGAAGGAACUGGUUAUACCUUUGAGGUCGAUUGGUGGUCAUUAGGUGUCACUUUUUACGAGUGCAUCUACAAUAAGCGACCAUUUGAAGGCCGAAGCCAAGAAACCUUGAGCGAAAACAUCAAAAAGGCACAGCCAAAAUACUACGUCACCAAUCCCGCAGUAUCAGUAGCUUGUUUGCGGGCGUUGGGGUCAUUAAUGCAAAAAGAUCGGAGUCAACGAAUCGGCGCUAUCGGGUUUGAGACCUACACCUCGCAUAUGUUCUUCGCCGAAAUCGACUUUGAUGCCCUGGAGCGCAAACAGAUCCCGCCGGUAUUCGUCCCAUCAAGCGACAAAACCAACUUCGAUGCGACUUAUGAUCUAGAGGAGCUCCUUCUUGAAGAAGCGCCCUUAGAGGCGAGAGCGCGCAGGCAAAAGCCGCGCGCUGAGCUAAGGGACGAUGCCACUGCGAAGGAAAUUCGGGAUGAGGAGCUUCAUCGUCUCAUUGAGACAAUGUUCGAACCGUUCGACUACACCUUGACUAGCUAUCAAGGCAUUGCCGCGGAAGCUAUUGCUGCCGUAAUAAAUCCCGAGGAGUGCCUUCCAAUGGCGAGAACAACCCAAGGGAACACUACAACCCAAGGGAACCCUACCGUACAUGUCCGACAAUUCUCACAGCCCGACCCUAAAAAUACAUCUCCUAUCCAAGCCGACGGCUCGCACUACCGUGCUCCACCGAGUGAAAACAUGACUACAGUCAGCGAGACACUCGACCCCAAUGACCCCGCGACUGGUCAGCCUCCUCCUUCCCCUUCAACCCGCGUGUCAACUUCACCGCCACCUGCCCCGUCCUUCCAACCGCCACCCGCUCCAUCCUUCCACCGACCCCUACCCCCCAACAGUCGACACCGUGGUGCCACUCGGCAAAUGAGCAAAAGUGGAGGCGUACAAAUGGUCCUAAACGAAGCUGGCAGCUGGAGUGAGCUGGCUCAUAACUCCACCCCCGCUGAUGGCAUGGAGAAUGGCGAUGACAAGGGCAAGCAAGCCAAUGGCAUGCUAUCAUUCUUUAGUCGGAAGAAGGGCCGCGACCGCAGUCCCAAACCGACCGAGCCAGGCGUUCUGGGCAAAGAGGGAGCUAGACAGAUCAUUAGCUGA